AUGGAUUUACUCGGGCGGACCGCUCGGUUUGGACGCGGCACGGUGAGGGAUUGGGACCCCCCGCGGAGGUGGGGUUUGUGGGGGGUUUCUCUCCUGCUGCUGGCGUGCGGAGUGGAGGUAGCGGCGGCGCAGGUGGAAGAUGGGAACACGGUUUACUUCUGGGAGACAGCAGAUUCAGACCAAAGACAGCCCAGCUUUGAGGCCUCUGUGCCCAACGCGCUGGACAAUGACUACGGCCUCACUGCGAGCCCGUCUGUGCCCAGGCCUCGUAAACGUCCCUGCCGCCUGGAGGAUGGAGGUGCCCCGCAGCACGCAUUUAAAACUCCCGAGGACGUCUACAGACAGCUGUACUAUGAUGUUAUUGACACAGCAGUCACCUCAUUGGACACUCGAUUUAGUCCGUCCGUGUUUGAUUACAUGAAGAAAGUGGAAGAUUUUCUCACUGGAAAGAAGAGCUGUGAAAGCAUCAUUGAGUUCCACGGAGAUGAUUUGGAUGAGACGAGGGUUAUUGAAACGCAGGCUCGGAGCGCUGCAGCCCUGAGCAAGAUGAUUGAUGCCCAGUCUCCAGCCGCAGACGCAGGACUGAGCGCGGUGUGCGGAGCAGCGCCAGUAAUGGGGCACCAGUCCCACCAGUGGCUUAGGUCCGCCUGGUGCCUGUGCUUCUUUAAGAGGAUGGAGCUGAGUAAGGAGAUUACAGAGGCAGGAUUUAGCCUCACCGGAGCACAGUCACACUCCCCUGACCUGGUUCCCACCCGCUGA